AUGGCUUCCUUUUCGCGCCUCAUCCGCUUCCUCGCCAAAGACGGCUGCAUCUACUACGGCGACGCCCUCCUCCCGCGCGGCGUCGUCGACCUCGCCCAGGCCACACAGGCGCGCAUCGUCCGCGGCAGCAUCUUUGGCCAGCACACGGUGACGGACGAGGUGGCCGAGGUGCGCACGCUGCUGUCGCCGCUGGCGCCCGAGGACGUGCGGACGGUGCGGUGCCUGGGCCUCAACUACGCGCUGCACGCCAAGGAGUCCGGCAUGGCGCUGCCGGCGUACCCGGUGCUGUUUUACAAGCCGGCCACGAGCCUGGGCGGCGCGCACGACGCGAUCCCCGUGCCCGCCGUGGCCCAGGAGGGCGAGGGCCUCGACUACGAGUGCGAGCUGGUGGCCGUGAUUGGCCGGCGGUGCCGGGACGUGCCCGAGGCCGACGCGCUCGGCGUGGUGCUGGGCUACGCCGUCGGCAACGACGUGUCGCACCGCGACUGGCAGCUGAAGCGCGGCGGCGGGCAGUGGUCCGUGGGCAAGGGCUUCGACGGGUGGGCGCCGUGGGGGCCCGGCAUUGUGCGGGCGUCGCUGCUGGACCCGCAGGCGCUCGCCAUCUCGACCAAGCUCAACGGCCAGACGGUCCAGGCGAGCCGCACGUCCGACAUGAUUUUCAAUGUCCGGCAGGCGAUUGCCUUUUUGAGCCGCGGCACCACGCUGCAGCCGGGCGACCUGAUCUUUACGGGCACGCCGUCGGGCGUGGGCAUGGGCCGGAGCCCCAAGCUGUGGCUCAAGGACGGCGACGUGGUCGAGGUGACGUUGGAGGGCGUGGGGACGUGCACGAACCGGGUCGAGUUUGCGGCAGGGAGGCCCAGGCUGUAG